AUAUAUAUAUAUUUGCACCUAGAAUGAGAAUUCAAAAUGGGAAGAAGAAUUUCAAUGACUCAAAUUCACGCAAUGCAGGAAAACCAACAACUACCAAGCAUUAGUUGCACUACUUUUAACAUUCUUGCUCCAAUAUACAAGCGUCUUAACCAAGAGGACCAGAGUAGCCGUGAAAGUGAGGACAGAGACUGUUGGUUGGCUAGGAAUCAAAGGAUAUUAGAUUGGUUAUUGUUUGAGAGAUCUUCCAUUAUUUGUCUUCAGGAAUUUUGGGUUGGAAAUGAAGAACUUGUUAAUAUGUAUGAGAAGAGACUUGGUGAUGCUGGUUAUAUUCAUUUUAAGCUUGGAAGGACUAAUAACCGUGGUGAUGGUCUUCUGAUAGCAGUACAAAAGGAAUAUUUCACAGUUGUUAAUUAUAAGGAGUUGCAUUUCAAUGAUUGUGGUGAUAGAGUAGCUCAAUUGUUGCAUGUUGAGUUAGCAUUUCCACUUUCACAGUGCCAAAACAGUGGUAUUAGGCAAGAAGUUCUCAUUGUCAAUACUCACCUACUAUUUCCACAUGAUUCAAGUCUAUGCCUUGUGCGGCUGCACCAGGUUUACAAGAUACUUCAGUAUGUGGAAUCUUAUCAGAAUGAGUACAAACUUAAGCCUUUACCAAUUAUACUAUGCGGUGACUGGAAUGGAAGCAAACGCGGACAUGUUUACAAGUUCCUGAGAUCUCACGGGUUUGUAUCUUCAUACGAUACUGCACAUCAGUACACUGAUGCAGAUGAUCACAGGUGGAUUAGCCACCGCAACCAUCUGGGGAACUCAUGUGCUGUUGACUUUAUAUGGCUUCUGAAUCCUGACAAAUAUAACAAACUACUAAAAUCAAGUUGGAGUGAAGCAGUAUUCGACAUGUUCAAGUGCCUAAUGCGAAGAGCUUCGCAGACAGAGAGUGAUGCAUUUGCUUUUCUAAAGGCUGACGAUGAAGAUUGUAUUACAUAUUCUGGUUUUUGUAAAGCACUUCAGCAACUUAAUUUAAUUGGUCCUUGCUAUGGUUUAAGUGUUGAAGAGACAAAGGACUUGUGGUUCCAAGCAGAUAUAGAUGGAAAUGGUUUAAUUGAUUAUAAACAAUUUCUGCAUCAAGUAUGGAAUCCAACAGUGUCGGAUUAUCACAGAGAUGACAACAAGAAUGAUAAGCAAGAUGAUGGUCCAAAUGAUAGUGAGAACGAGGAGGAAGAGGAGGAAACAAUUGGUUUUAGUGUAAAAAAUGCAGUGUUGUUUCCUCCAGAGGUUGAGAAAGGUAGAUGGCCAGAAGACUAUUCCCUUUCUGAUCAUGCAAGACUAACUGUAGUGUUCUCACCAAUAACAUUGACAUGCUCUCACAACAUGUUUUCUUGACAAAACUUGAGAAUACUCUUGUUUAGGUUUUAGUGUUCAUGAUUUCUGUAAAUUAAUAACACAGAAGAGUGAGUGAAAUGAUAGAACUAUCAUAACAGGGCAAUUUGAAGGUUUACAACUAUAGUAUUCUCGAUUCUCAUACAUACCUUGUAUUACUGAUGGCAUUUAUUGUAUGAAGAACUAGUUGUUUCUUGUCACA